CUGUCAGCCUCAGCAAUCCUCACGCUGGAGCUAGACAUUGGUGCAGCGCCCAUCCAUACAUACACGCACGUGUGUGUUUCGUGGGUGCAGGGAUCUUAAGAACGCUCACCAUUCCACGUGUGUGUGUGUGUGUUUGUGUGUGUGCUUGUGAGCUGAUCUGCAUGAGAAUGUGUGUGUGAGCCUUUCUGGAGCCUCUUUUGUAUGGAGGAGCAUGUGUGUAGUGUGAGAGACAGCGUGAGGAUGCGUGGUGGGCAGGAGGUGUUGUGAUCGGUGGAGUUUUUGGUGUACUAUCGUCGUGCCGUCUGCCUUCCCUUCCCUCCCUCUUAGUUCUCUCUUGUGAGGGCAAAAAACAUCCUGCUGGGAUGUCCACCACGCCUGGUGCAACAGACGGGAGCCAGAGGAACUCUUUGGAGCUAGACACGGAGCACGCACAGAGGGUCCCCGGGGCCGAACAGGGAGGAGCCCCGACCCCCCAGGUCAAGCUGAAAGAAAGGCAGAAGUUCUUUGAGGAGGCCUUCCAACAAGACAUGGAGCAGUACCUGUCCACUGGCUACCUGCAGAUCGCUGAGAGGAGAGGGCCAAUAGGAAGCAUGUCGUCCAUGGAGGUGAACGUGGACAUGCUGGAGCAGAUGGAUCUGAUGGACAUGUCUGACCAUGAAGCCCUGGAUGUGUUUCUGCACUCUGGAGGAGAGGAUAACAGCGUGGCCUCGCCUGUCGCAGGUCCAGACAUUGAGUCCUUCACCACAGAGAUCAGUCUCCAGGUCCCCACCCAGGCCGAGCUGCGCCACAAGCUCUCCUCCCUGUCCUCCACCUGCACCGACUCAGCCAGCCAGGACACAGAGGCCGGGGAGGAGGAUGAGGACGAGGAAGAAGACGAGGAGACAGAGCAAGGAGGAGGCGGGAGUGUCGGAGGAUCAGGGGGAGGAGGAAGGAGGAGACGGCCCCCCGUGGUGGUGACCCUGGAUGAAGAGGAAGUGCACCUUGAUACAGCGCUGGUGGACGGGGUGGAGGAGCAGAGCAGCAAAGACUGUGAGGCGAGCAGGCCAAAAGUUUGAGGACACAUGGAUUGGAUUUAAACACAAACACACAGAGCUGCAAACGGAGAAAAGUAAUAAUAUUGGCUUCCAUCUUAAAUUUUCAUGAUGAAGAAAUGAAAAAGAAAAUAGACUGAGGUUGCACUAACUGCCAUAUGACCUUACCUUUAAAAAAACACUGAUUUUAAUUAUAUUUGAAUCCUUUCAAAUCGGUUUGAGUUCCCUUUAGCAUAUUAGUUUUGGAUGGCGUAACAUGCACAUGAAGAGUUUGACUUUAUUCAGAGAGUGCUCUAAUAUUCUGUUUCUGUGUCUGAGCAUGAGGAGAGGCCUGAUGCUGGUAAGUGAUGGUGACACUAAAAUGAUCCAUGUGCCCCUUUUGCAGUGUUUCUUCUUUGACUCCUUGCUCCAUGCUUACAUAUUCUCUAAACUGCAGCUAUUAGGCAUCAACAUAUAUUGGAGAACAGUACUUUGGCUAAAUAAAAUUAUAUGAUGGUGUUCAUAACAAAUGAUUGCCAAAUGUUAAAGGCUUUGAACCGCUUUGGCAGCCAAAUACUAGAAUCCUGUUUGUUCGUGGGACUUUAUAUUACCCAAAUUAUGGAUAGAAAUUAAACCUUUUAUUUUCUCCAGGUUUUUUCUCCUGAUUGUGUUGCUAGGGCAAUGCUUAAAAAAAUGUCAUUUAAAACCUUGUAAACAGAAUCAAGGAUUGUUCACUUCUCACUCGUUCUUUCCAGAAACAAUGCACGAGCUGUGCUCAAUAAUUCAGAAAAGGUCUUUUCCAAAAGUCCCAAGAACUAUUAUCGUUAUAAGCCAAAACCGUGGCAAACAAAGCCUACCAUACCUUUUUUGUUGGUAAUGAGGGUGAAUUGCCCCCUUAAUAUAGCAAAUGCUACAUGAUUAGCACAAAGCGACCUAAAAUAAUCUGCAAGGGGCACAUAGAUACAUUUUUCACGGCUUUAUGGAUACGUUGAACCCCAAAGUUUGUUGCAUUUCUCGAACUAGUUGAUGAGCUAGAUUCUGCAAUAUUUUAAAUUUAAACUAGAAUAUUUUUUGUUAAAAAAAAGCAUGGCAAUGACUGGCAGUGGGUUCUACACCAAAUAGAACUGUAUAGCUGACAGACCACAGAUGGAGUUCAGGUACUCAUAUAUCAAUGAUUUAAAACACACACACCUACACACAUACACAAAGGAGAGUUACCCAUUGCCAUUCCUUUGACCAAUAAUAUGUGGGCAAACUUCUUCUUUGAGCGAGGACCAAAUCCCUGUUUGGACUGUGUGCUAUGCAUUGGAGAACACCCAGAAGGUUAAACUGUAUCCACAUUUUUGCACAGAAAUGUUGACAUGUGUGCGAUGUGACAGCAUUACUUCUUCCUCUCUUUUCCUCUUCCUACAGUUUAUGACUUGUUGGUAAUAAAUGUUUCUUCCCCAA